UCAAGUAAAGCUGUCAGCUGAUCUUGUGAAACGAUGGAUGCAGAAGAGCUGACUGAAUCCAUCAUCAGAGGACUCAUGUUUCUGGCAGGGAUCCUUGGUAACAACUGGCUGGCUAUACGCUCCCUGCCCAGGCAGAAAUCUGGCAUCCGCACCAACGAGGUCCUUUUCAUCAAUCUGGCCGUCUCCAACCUCAUCACCAACUACCUGGUGGACCUGCCCGACACCAUGGCAGAUUUUGCUGGACGUUGGUUCCUGGGGGAAAUCUACUGUGGCGUGUUUCGUUUUUGCGCCGACCUCUCUGAAACCAGCAGCAUCUACACAACCUUCUUCAUCAGUGUUUUCUGGCACCAGAAGCUUGUCGGCUCCCUGAAGCGUGGAGGUGCACCGGUGCAGCUGGACAGCCUGUGCUUGGUGGGCUGUCUGCUGGCUGGGAGCUGGACGGUGGCUUUGGUCUUCAGCAUCCCACACUUUUUCUUUGUUGCAGUGGAGAGCACAAAUGACAGCCAUGAAGACUGUAUAGAUGUGUUCCCUAAUGCAGCUGCCAUGCAAACUUAUGAAAUCCUUUAUUUAACUCUGGCUAAUGCUAUCCCUGUUGCUGGGAGUGUAUUUGCCAGCAUUCAGAUUGUCGUCACUCUGCUCCAAAACCAGCAACGCAUACGGGGUCAUGCCUCUGACGCUACAAAAGAAAUGGUUAAAGCUGAAAACAGUGGUGAAAACAGAAAAGAUCCUAAAGUUUCUGCAUCCCUAACUAACAUGUAUACAGGCGUGCCUGCUUCUUCCAGUCCAAACGAAGGGCCGGCUGAGCCCAGCUCGUCCCUCAAUAAGGAAACAAACACAGACAGCAAAGCUGGAGCACCAUCAAAUGUUUCAAGGCCCAGCCAGAUGCCAGCUAAGCCCAGUCAGAGCACAAGCUCUCAGGUGAGGGCAGCCAAGAGUGUGGUGGCUGUAGCCAGUGUGUUUCUGGUCUGCUGGCUGACUCAUCUGCUUUUGCGCAUAACCAACAACAUCCACACCUCGUCAAUUUUGGUGGAGGUGGCCAGCUACAUUGCAGCCUCCUACACCUGCAUCAUCCCCUACAUAUUCCUGUACGGAGUGAAACAGCUUUCUUGCUCAUGCAAAAGGUAGAAAGGUGUACAUUACACCCAGAUUCAAAUCUGUCAUGAUUAACAUCCAUCAAUUGUAUAAGAACCUGUAGAAGAGGUGGGGAUGAGCACAUGUUGCUCAAGUGCAAGAAAUCUUUUCAAUUAUGAGCUUACCUCUCUUAGAU